UUCUCCAAAUUCCCGACCGCUACGCCCACGUCUUCCAUCAGCUCGAGGAGUACCCCAUGGGGGAUAUCCCGCUCCCGGACAUCCCUAGCCAUUCUCGCGGCUCCGACCUACUGCUCGUUGGUCGACGGCCCAACCCGGUUUGGUCUUGCCCGGUUCGACCGGCCUCGGUCCGACUAGUCAUGGACCCGGCUGCCGGUCCGAUUCGGCCUGGUUUGUUGUCCGCCACCCAACCUAGUCUGAUUUCUUCGGCGGAUCCUGGGUUCACCCACCACCCCUCUUGGUCCGUGAAGCUCCACUCAUCCUCACUUACGGGUUCAGUCUGCCAUGGUUCCUCUCCACCGGGCCCAGUAGGCCACGGCUCUCCUUCGUAUCCCACCAUCUUCUGCUUCCCACGGGCCUUGUCAUUGGCCUGGUCCGUCGGUAUCGGCAGUAAGCUUGGCCCGCUGAACACCGGCUCUGGCGCGCUUAUCGCGCCCAGGUCUCCUUCCUCAAUGACGCGGCUGCACGACAUGGAGGAGCUCCCCGGCGAGCCACCCUUCCCCCUGCAACAGUCCCCUGCGUCGAACCUACUUCACCUCCACCGCUCGGCGGAUUCUCCUUGGCCGUCGUCGUCUCCCGAGCUAGCCACCGACGUGGCCCCCCCAGCUCCAGCGCCGCCGCCCGGCGGCUUCUUCUUGAUCACCGCCGCCGUGUCGCCACCACCAGGCCCGACCAGCUUCUCCACGGCCGUUGCCGGCUUCACCACCAAGGCUGCGGUUGCCGGUUGCUCGCGGUUUUUGAGAACCUAAGUCAACACCUCCUUCAUCGUCGCUACCAGGGCUCCGCAGAUGUUCUCAGCCAAGCUCUUGCCCAUCUCUUCGAUGGAUGCCUUGAUAUGGUCACCCAUGGCUUCAAUUGCACCGAUUGAGCCCUUUGAGGCCUCAACUGCCCUCUCCGUAACUUCCGUCAGGCUUUCCAAUAAUGGCGCGAUUGCGUC